CUUACACAACCACGUGACUUGCACCCGGAAAUUGGAAAGUAAACAUACAGGCUCGAACUUGCAACGCUUUUGUUGUUUUUUAAGCCUUUCUGUUUCUAUUUUUGGAAUAAUUUCAACCAAGUGGGCUACUUAAAGUAACAUUUUUUUAGACCAGUUAGCUUUGGUUCGACGUCUACUCGUGGUCCCAAGAAGAAGUUAGCAUUAGAGCUAACCAGGGAUGUCUUCAGACGGGCAUGAGUCUCUUCCUCUGGUCCGCUCCCUCAACACUCGCAUCCCCAUCAGUGUUGUCUUCUGCAACCGCAGUCCCCGCCUGGUGCAGCCGCUCUGGAUAGACUUCCGCGGGGAGCCGCGGCCGUACAGCGACUUGCAGCCGAGAACCGGGCGAAAAGUCACAACUUACGUCGGUCAUCCGUGGAUGUUUAAAGAUGCAGAAAGCGAUGACCUGUUGCGGGUGAAUGGCAAGGAGCUGUUCCUCCCUGCUCUGGCAGGUGGUGAAAGCGCUGCCUUUGUAAAUAUCACCUUACCAGUUUACAGCCUCAAGGACCGCGCCCUGCAGGUGAUCCGACGCCUGGUUCGACCGGGGGACUACGGCAGCUUGGAAAUAGCGCGGAGUCUCAUCGAGGAGCUGGGGGAUCCGCCCAGUUUGGCCAAGAGUCUACGGCGCUUGAAUCAUCGAGUGGAGCAGCAUUUGAUAGAGAGAAUCCAAGGACACGGGGAGUGAGUCACAAGCGGACUCGCUGACUCUGGAGAAUUGGAGACGCAACGAGGCGGCAGAUCAAGACUGAACUGGUCAGCUACAUUUCCUCUCUCUACUUGGAACUGAAAAAUGGCUUUUUUCGGCACUCCAAAUGUAUUGUCGACCCUCACGGGAAAAUAUCCCUGUAGCCUCUUGAGUGCUCUAUAGUGGCUGUGUCUCAACUGGAAUACUUCCGUCAGUACACUUCAAAGUGUAUGCUAUAUACACUGCAUACUCAGUUCUUGACGGGGCGUAUUUCCACAGUGUCGUGUUGUCCCAAAUCUAUUACUUUGUGCACUUACCGGAAAAUACUUCUUCUCUCCUUUUGAAGAGUUAGUCCCUCCCCUUCCGAAUAUUGAGGGCGUUUGGGCUCCACUCACAAUUUGGGGCGUAUUAAGUAGAACAUGCGUGUACUUCGGAGUGUGAACGCACUUAUGCACUCAAAAUGAUACUAAAUUGUGACAGAAUACAUAGGUGUGGUGGGGGAACCUAAAUAAAUCAUUCUUUUCAUGGCAUAUUAAGAGUAUGUGACGAUGGAACGUAUGUUUUUAGCCACUCGGUAAAUAGAAACUACUGUUUUGUUUUGUUUUUGUCUCAUGAAAAAUCUAAAUUUUGACUUUACAAAUAAAUCUUAAGAAUUUAUAUCUGAUUAGUACCUUGGCAAAACAGCUUGCUGGCAAAAAUUCCUACGUAGUUGGUGUAGCGCAUGUCACAUGACCACCGUAAGAGCCGACGAAAACAUCUGGUUUUGCGUGCUAGCAUUAGCUUAUAGCUAUGGAUUGACCUCACUUUGCUUUCAAAGCAUUAGAAGGAAGACUAUUGAAGGAGGUUGGGCUCCACUCACAAUUUGGGGCGUAUUAAGUAGAACAUGCGCGUGCUUCCAAGUGUGAACGCAGUUAUGCACUCAAAAUGAUACUAAAUUGUGACAGAAUACAUAGGUGUGGUGGGGGAACCUAAAUAAAUCAUUCUUUUCAUGGCAUAUUAAGAGUAUGUGACAAUGGAACAUAUGUUUUUAGCCACUCGGUAAAUAGAAAGUACUGUUUUGUUUUGUUUUUGUCUCAUGAAAAAUUUAAAUUUUGACUUUACAGAUAAAACUUAAGAAUUUACAUCUGAUUAGUACCUGUGCAAAACAGCUUGCUGGCAAACAUUCCUUCGUAGGUGGUGUAGCGCAUGUCAUAUGACCACCGUAAGAGCCGACGUAAACAUCUGGUUUUGCUUGCUGGCAUUAGCUUACAGCUAUGGAUUGACCUCACUUUGCUUUCAAAGCAUUAGAAGGAAGACUAUUGAAGGAGGUUGGGCUCCACUUACGAUUUGGGGCGUAUUAAGUAAAACAUGCGUGUACUUCACAGUGUGAAUGCACUUACGCACUCAAAAUGCUACUAAAUUGUGACAGAAUACAUUGGUGUGGUGGGGGAACCUAAAUAAAUCAUUCUUUUCAUGGCAUAUUAAGAGUAUGUGACAAUGGAACAUACGUUUUUAGCCACUCGGUAAAUAGAAACUACUGUUUUGUCUUGUUUUUGUCUCAUGAAAAAUCUAAAUUUUGACUUUACAGAUAAAACUUAACAAUUUACAUCUGAUUAGUACCUGUGCAAAACAGCUUGCUUGCAAAAAUUCCUACGUAGUUGGUGUAGUGCAUGUCACAUGACCAUCGUAAGAGCCGACGUAAACAUCUGGUUUUGCGUGUUAGCAUUAGCUUAUAGCUAUGGAUUUACCUCACUUUGCUUUUAAAGCAUUAGAAGGAAGACUAUUGAGGGAGGUUGGGCUCCACUCACAAUUUGGGGCGUAUUAAGUAAAACAUGCGCGUACUUCCCAGUGUGAAUACACUUAUGCACUCAAAAUGAUACUAAAUUGUGACAGAAUACAUAGGUGUGGUGGGGGAACCUAAAUAAAUAAUGUUUUACAUGGCAUAUUAAAAGUCUGCGUAGAUGUUCUUAGCUGAUGUAUGUGACAAUGGAACAUAUGUUUUUAGCCACUCGGUAAACAGAAACUACUUUUUUGUUUGUUUUUUUGUCUCCAUGAAAUAUCUAAAUUUUGACUUCACGGUUAAAACUUAAGAAAUUACAUCUCAUUAUUAACUGUGAAAAACGGCUUGCUGGCAAAAAUGUGUACGUAGUUGGUGUAGCGCAUGUCACAUGACCACCGUAAGAGCCAACGUAAACAUCUGGUUUUGCGUGCUAGCAUUAGCUUAUAGCUAUGGAUUGACCUCACUUUGCUUUCAAAGCAUUAGAAGGAAGAAAAUGAGUGUAAAGGACGUUGCUAGCGGAUGAAAUUCAUCUAUUUAAAGAAGGAAAUCAUCAAAGAACAUGACUGAGUGUGUAGUGGCUUAGCAGUUGGAGCAUUUUGCUGCUAGCCUGCUGCUUACUGAAGCAGAAUGAGUCGAUAACGCCAGACAAGAACUUUGAAAUAAUAUCUGGUAUGUUUUAUCCAUGAAAAUAUAGAGGAGCUGCUGAUGCUGUGUUUGACUGACUGACAAAACAGCUUGAAUAAAAUAUAGGGAACAGUGAUUCUGAAACUGUGGUAUGGGUUCCAUCUAGUGGUAUGCCAAAUAAUCACUUAAUUAAAUAUUCAAACACAGUCUGACUGUUCAAACUGUGUGUAAUGUUACAGUGGGCUAUAAUAUUGAAUAUGCUUGUUAAAUAAACCUCUGCCUUGUUUUUACUGAA